AUGUUCGCAAGAGUGCACAAAACGUCGCAAAGUCAUAAGAUCUCCGGGCUGGACCCAAUCGCUCAAGUGUCGAUCCUCAGCCCGAUGGCAAUGCUUCAACGCUAUCAUCAUCCACCGAAAACAAGCUGGGUGCAAAGUGUGAUGUCUGACAUCAAACGCUCUCUACUCGACAUUUCACCUGGAUCGAAGGGCGAUGGGGAUGAGGAAGAAGAUGAAGACAGCCAAGCUCAACUUAACCCAGAGACUUUCGCCGAGUUUUGCACAAGACAAACGCGAAACGUGCUACAUUUUCUCGUCGAAGAUUGGUGUCUGUCAGCGUGUCUCGGGAUCAUCACUGCUGUCCUUUCUGUGGGGAUGGAUGUAGCCAUUGAGGAGAUUCAACAUUUGCACGUUGUGGCUCAUGAUUGGACGAUUAAAUAUUUACCGUCGAUGGCUUUAUCGACUUGGGUCAUUCACGUGGUCUUCUUCACCGCAAUGGCUACAUUGUUUUGUAAAAUUGUAUCGGAAAAAGCUGUGGGCAGUGGAAUUCCGGAAGUGAAAGUGAUCAUGCACGGCUUUAAAAUGGAUGGAUAUCUCACACUUCGAACGCUCAUCGCCAAAAUGGUCGGUCUAACGCUGGCGAUGGGUGGCGGGUUGCCAAUCGGAAAAGAGGGUCCAUUCGUGCACAUUGGCGCCAUUGUGGCGACACUGCUCUCGAAGAUCACCGCCUCGUGUCAGUACUCGGCUUUCUUCUCGAAUGAAGGCCGAGAAAUGGAGAUGCUGUCGACGGGUUGCGCUGUGGGAAUCGCUUGCACAUUCAGUGCACCGAUUGGAGCCGUUCUUUACGCUAUUGAGUCGACAAGUAAAUAUUUUGCGGUGAAAAAUUAUUGGCGGAGUUUCUUGGCGGCCACUUGUUCAGCUAUCGUUUUUCGCUUUGCUAACUUUUUCGUCACCGCUGAGCAAAGUGCCUUAGGCACGAUCACCGCUUUCUACCAAACGCGUUUCCCUACCGAGUCGUUUAUGAUCGAAGAGUUGCCCGUUUUCGCGUUACUUGGCCUCUUCCUUGGCAUUCUGGCAGCUUUAUUCACUUUCACUCAUCGCCGCAUUUUCCUCUUUCGACAAAAGAAUCGACUCUAUCGAUUGAUCUUCAAGAAUAACUUCUUUUCCUUCACCCUCUUCUUCGCAUUCAUCGUCGGCGUGGUCACCUAUCCGAAAGGUUUUGGGAAGUAUAUCGCUGGACGGUUAACUUUCCGCGAGACAAUGGCUGAUUUUUUCAACAAUUGCACGUGGGGAGCAAAUGAUUCAAGAGCUUGCUCGAACACAUUGCUCAAUCAUUGGAUGGGCGGCGAGGAGAGAGAUGUGCCGAUCUUUCUCUCAUUAGCCUGCUACAUUGCGGUCUAUUUCGUGCUGGUAGCGAUUUGUAUCAGCAUCAAUGUGCCAGCCGGAGUCUUCGUCCCAUCAUUCAUCAUCGGUGCGGCGUGUGGGCGCUUGACUGGAGAAACGAUGAUGUUGCUCUUUCCGCAAGGACUCCGCGGACCCGGCGGUCCACCUAUCUACCCUGGACUUUACGCUGUUGUCGGUGCUGCCGCGUACACGGGCGCUGUCACGCACACCCUCUCCGUAGCGGUGAUCGUUUGUGAGCUCACCGGGCAAUUGACCCCAAUUUUACCCGUAUUGAUCGCAAUGUUGAUGGGCAAUGCAAUUUGUAAAUUUCUCCAACCGUCGAUCUAUGAGAGUAUAAUUCGAGUCAAGAAAUACCCAUAUUUACCAGAGUUGCCACCAAGUCGAUUCAGUGUUCACACAGUAAAAGUCGAGCAGAUCAUGGUUGAAGAUGUGAUCUAUAUCACAAAGGAUAUGACAUAUCGAGAGCUCAAAGAAAUCCUUACAUCAGCGCCACACUUGAGGAGUUUCCCCAUUGUCACCGAUCAUACCAACAAAUUGCUGCUUGGCUCAGUCGCAAAGCGUUACUUGGUGAUGUUGUUGAGGCGUCACGUGUUGAUCUCUCAACAAGACAGUCGAACAAGUCGCCUCUCUCCGGCCGAUAUCAUCAACACAAUUCGGAGGACGUCGAUGAGACUCUCGAAGAGAGGGACAGCAAGGCGACAAGAACAAGAACAGAGGAUUGCCGAGAGGGGAAUCUCACGAGUCGCCUCGAAUCGAUCAGCUGAGAAACCCAAAAUCAAGGCCAACAAGAGUGCACCCAUGUUGAGUGUGACGAAAGAAGAAGAGCAAUUUGAUAUGGUCAACGAUCGGACAUUCAGCGGGAAUACGUACUUAAGCAUUUCACCCCUUCACGCUCCGAACAACGUUCCACUUCAUGCCGUUUUCACUCGGCCAUCCUCUUCAGAACUGCACAAGGAUCAAAGUGAAGAGGAGCUGCUUGGACGGACGAUUGACUUGGACGAGAUCGCUAUUGAUUCGGCUCCAUUUCAACUCGUUUUGGCCUCAUCUUUGUACAAGGUUCACACAUUGUUCUCCCUUCUUGGCCUUUCGCAUGCCUAUGUGACGGACAAGGGUCGUUUAAUAGGUGUCGUUGGGUUGAAAGAGCUUCGUGAUGCUUUAGCGCAUAUUUAUGUGAGGGGAGUAUUGCCGGCGAAACCUGAUCGAAAGCUGACCUCGGGGGUGAUCGGUGUGAUUCAACGGCAUCAAAGUGAUGAAGAGAAUAAAGAUGAUGAAGAAGAGGAUGGAUAUAAGUCAGAGAACGGUGACGUCUCGAAUGGAAAUGGGAUCACAAUCCGAGCGAAUCCGACACAAAAUUUCGGCAACACUCUCACCGUUCCGUCAAAUGUU